GCAGGAGCAUCACUUGGGCAUCCGUCUUCCUUCACCAAAAACAUGCCGAAGGAAGAGGAAGAUACAUGCCAGUCUCUCCUCAGAAGCAAGCUCGAAGCUUCUCUCCAGAGGAUUAGCUUCCUGGAGAUGGAGAAUGAGCAGCUGAGAAGAGAGAAUGCUCUGCUUCGAGCCCAGGAUGCUGAUAGGAGAUCGACGCCGAGGAAGAAAACACAGGCUUUUGUUGGCAGCAUCAGCUCAUCGCAGGAGAAGCAAAUGUAUCAGACCGGCACCGAUGAUGGGUUGCAAUGCGAGAACUCGAUUUCCAGAACAGAGUUAUUCGGCACGUCUGUGGCAGCCAGGACAAGAUCGCCUAGAGUGCCGAAUCCGCCCCCGAGUCCCAAAUCCUCUUCCCCGACAGCGAAACCAAGCAAGGAAACCGGGUUGCCUCCGCCGCCACCGCCGCCGCCGCUGCCGCUGCCUUUGUCUUCUUCGAGGUCGAGUUGCAGGUCCAUCAAGGCAGUGCGAAGGGUGCCGGAAGUGUUGGAACUCUAUCGAUCUCUGACAAGGAAAGAAGGGAAGUCAGACACGAGAGCCGGCAGCCUGGGAGUUCCUGCUGCUACAAAUGCUCGAGAAAUGAUAGGCGAGAUUGAGAACCGAUCCGCCUAUCUCCUCGCUAUAAAGUCGGAUGUGGAGACGCAGGCUGAAUUCAUCGGCUUCCUCACCAGGGAGGUAGAAAACGCAGCUCACGGGGACAUCUCCGAAGUGGAAGCAUUCGUGAAGUGGCUGGACGACGAGCUUUCCUACUUGGUGGACGAGAGGGCGGUGCUCAAGCACUUCCCCAAGUGGCCGGAGAAGAAGGCGGAUGCGAUGAGGGAAGCGGCGGUCGGCUACCGGGAGCUGAAGAACCUGGAAGGUGAGCUCUUCUCCUUCCGCGACGACAAGCGACAGCCCACCUCCGUCGCCCUCAAACGCAUGCAGGCGUUGCAGGACAAAUUGGAGCGCAGCGUGCACAACAUCGAGAGGGUGAGGGAGAGCGCGAGCAAGAGGUACAGAGAUCUCAAAAUCCCUUGGCAGUGGAUGCUCGACAGCGGCAUCAUCGCCCAACUAAAAUUGGGAUCCAUGAACCUGGCAAAAGAGUACAUGAACCGAGUUGUGACUGCGGUGAAGCUUGAUGCGUUCUCGGAUGACGAGGAAGUAAUGCUACAGGGUGUUCGAUUUGCUUACCGUGUGCACCAGUUCAUCGGUGGAUUUGAUGAAGAAUGCAAGCAUGCGUUCCAAGAACUGAGGAAGGUAGCAUGUGAUUGAUUGCUAGUAUUCAACGCGGGAAUUACCCGCGAACAAAGAGUUGGACGAGUCCUCACGAGAACCAUAGCCACAUCAUUUUGAGGACAUUGGCAGCAUCAAAGUCAAGAUUUUGAGUACGUUAUGUUUUGCCAGUAAAAUUGUAGUAAUUCAUUUCCUUUAUGUUUGAUGCAUGUUGGUAAGAUUUUUGUAAUUCUUCCAAGGCGAUAAAACGUUAUGUUUCGCCUGUAAAAUUUUAGU